AUGGCCACGCCCCAGUACAAAGGGCAGCUUCCUUCCCGUAUCAAAGGUCAAACAACGUGUAUGUACCACAAGGAUAGAAAACUGGACAUUUACUGUGAAGAAUGCCAAGAGCUUGCUUGUAUCAAAUGCCUGUCAACUGUACAUAAGAAACAUCCUUUGUGUGACCUUAGUGAAAUUACUCCAAAAAAGAAUCAAGAGAUUCAAAACUUCAUCGACAAAACCGAGAAUGCUGACCUCGUACAAAUUGACCAGUACAUCACUGAUACUGAUACACAUUUAAAGGACAAUGCCAGCAACUUUGAAAAACUUUCCCAACAGUUGAAGAAACAAACAAUGAAAAUUAUACAAGAUCUUUGCCAGCUUUCAGCACAGACUACGUGUCUCUAUCAGCAAAUGGAGGAGGAUAACACCAAGCUACUACAAACCUACAAACACGAUCUGGAAAUGUACAGCAUACAGCUUAAACAACAAGUACAAGAAUGUAAGAUAGCACUUCAGCGUGGCACUGACAUACAAAUCUACGACGCAGGAUUUGAGAUUCAUUCUCCUGUCACUCUCCCUGUAAAACCUACCCUGGGUACGGCUAGCUUCACUUCAAACCAAAAUCCUAAGGGUCACAUUGAACAAGCCUUGGGAAAAGUGGACACUUCAAAUAAAGGUCAGGGUCAAGUCUCUGUUUGCCCCGAUCAGUCAUUUUCUGGACAUGGUCAUUCCUCUACACAGAAGUCGUCAGAACGUAAAGUUAGGAGACCAAGUUCACAACAGAGCUCAGGAGAAAGAGAGGACGUGUCCAGUCCAGUAUAUACCCUGUUGUCUCAAACCAAAGUGUUGGAGGAGUGGCAGUCUCCAUAUUUCAAUGAACUAUUUAUAUAUGAUGGUGAAGUCUCAAAAUCAGAAAAUGAACCGUUUAAAUCUUUGGAUGUUGUGUAUGAUAGUGUGGGUAACCUAGUCAUAAGGGACUAUUACAAAAAGCGUGUCCUACUCAUCAGUGGGUGUGGUGAGUUCCUUAGGAUCAUACACACAGACGACUACUACAUUACACAGGCUGUUCGUGUUGACAGGGAGGAUGUCCUGUGGGCAGUAUUUGGGUAUAGGGAGUUCAAACUACUACAGUACAGCAGCAUGUGA